GCUUCAUGUGAAACAGAUGCUGAGGAACAUAUGCCGCGUACUAUUAUUGCUCCAAGAGAGAAAACUCGAGAUGGCUUGAUACAUGCCCAUGGUCGGUCAGACAAUGAAUAUUCGCAUAACAGCCCUAUAAUAAAAGGGAAAAAUCGAAUUAAUUCGACACAUAAUCGGUAUGACACCAUCGAUCCACCAUUGACGCCAUCGAUCGGCUCGAGACAUAAUGACAAUGAUGCGGAAAAAAUUGGCCGAGCUACUAAGAAUAAGUAUACGUACAGAGAAAUUGAAAAGGAAAAGGAAAAUUUUAAUAAUCAAUUUUCACACGCAGAAGGUCCAAUUGUUGAUCAUUUAAAAAAAUUAACGAGGGAAGUAGCAUCAGUAAAAUAUGAUGUGAGGCAAAUACUGACCUUAGUAGACAUCAUAGUAGACAAAAUUAAUAAAGACACAGAAUGUGAGAGAACACAAAUUUCCUUUGAGGGCGCUGAAAACCGGUUUCCCUUGCAAACCGUAGUUCAGUUAGCGGAAGUUGAGGAGAUCUUGAAAGCGUCAAAUUCCCAACAUAACACUGAAAUACGCGGAUAUAUCAAAUCCAUCGGAGGGACAAGUGUCGAUGAUGCCGUAAAGAGAACAUUGUAUAAAGUAUUCUCCAAUAAAUUGGCGGAGAGAUAUAACUGGGAAGGCCGACGCGGAAAGGAACCACUGCAGAAACUGGAAGUGAUGAAAGUUAUUUUCAGAUCCAUACUUCACAAUAUCCCGGAUUCCGACCAGAGAAAAAUACAACGACGAGUUAUGGAGUGGUUCCGACAUUCCAAGGCGAGGCAUGAAAAUGAGGAGAAGCGGAUGAAUAGACGCGAAGCAAUGUAGCGAGAUCGCAGAGACUGGACCGAUGAAGACCGAUGAAGCCAGUGAUAUGCGCGGACGAAGCCUCUCCCUGUUAGAAUUGUUCCAGGACCUCAAUUGUUAAAAUCGAAAAAUUUUCCUAUGCGAAAGACGCUACGCGAUUCUUCAGAUUGGUAUAUAUUUUUAAAUUUAAAAGUAUAUACCAAUCACACACACACACAC